AUGUCCACCGCAUCUCUCAUUCAAGAAUUUUUCCCAUCUGCAAACCAAAGGUUUGCCGUCGUGGGGGCUUCAUCUAAUCGUACCAAGUUUGGCAAUAAAGUCUUAUGUUGGUACAUUAACCAUGGCUAUACAGCAGUCCCUGUGAAUCCAAAAGAGUCUGUGAUUGAAACCCUUACCUGUGUCAAGAACUUGUCCUCGUUGCCCGGAAAGCCCUCGGAGUACCAUCUCUCGAUUAUCACUCCCCCUUCCGUGACCAAAUUUGUAUUGGAGGAGGCUCAUAAAAAUGGCAUUACGCGAAUCUGGCUACAGCCGGGUGUUGAGUCGCCUGAGGCAUUGGCAUUUGCUAAAGAUGUCGGUCUUCAUGUUAUUGCAGGUGGUCCAUGUGUCCUCAUAGAGGGGAUCACGAGUCAUCAAGCAAAGCUCUAA